UCCUUAGAGGCACUGCAGGCACCUCCUUCUGACUUCAUUCAUUCAUUUUUUUUUUUUUUAAUUCCAUUCACGGAGGUAGAGAGGCCUGCUCGAAAGCCAUGGAGAGCGCUCUCCCCGCUGCCUGCUUCCUGUAUUGGGUGGGCGUAGGCACCGUGGCCUACCUGUCCCUGCGCAUCUCGUACUCGCUCUAUACCGCCCUUCGGGUCUGGGGUGUGGGGAACGAGGCGGGGGUCGGCCCGGCGCUCGGUGAAUGGGCAGUUGUCACAGGUAGUACUGAUGGAAUUGGAAAAUCAUAUGCAGAAGAGUUAGCAAAUCGUGGAAUGAAGGUUGUCCUAAUCAGCAGAUCACAAGAUAAACUGAACCAGGUUUCCAGUGAGAUAAAAGAAAAAUUCAAAGUGGAGACAAGGACCAUUGCUGUUGACUUUACAUCAGAAGAUAUUUAUGAUAAAAUUAAAACAGGCCUGGCGGGUCUUGAAAUUGGCGUUUUAGUGAACAAUGUGGGAAUGUCAUAUGAGUAUCCUGAAUACUUUUUGGAAAUUCCUGACUUGGACAAUGUCAUUAAGAAACUGAUAAAUAUUAAUAUUAUUUCUGUUUGUAAGAUGACACGCUUGGUGCUGCCUGGCAUGGUAGAAAGAUCGAAAGGGGCAAUUCUGAACAUCUCUUCUGCCAGUGGCAUGUUUCCAGUUCCACUAUUGACCAUCUACUCUGCGACCAAGGCUUUUGUGGAUUUCUUCUCCCAGUGCCUCCAUGAGGAGUAUAGAAGCAAGGGCAUCUUUGUGCAGAGUGUCCUGCCAUACUUCGUAGCCACAAAACUGGCUAAAAUCCGAAAGCCAACCUGGGACAAGCCCUCUUCAGAGACAUUUGUGAAGUCUGCAAUUAAGACUGUAGGCUUGCAGUCCCGAACCAAUGGAUACCUGAUCCACUCUCUUAUGGGCUCAAUAAAUUCCAUCCUGCCUCCUUGGAUUCAUUUUAAAAUAUCCAUGGGUUUCAACAAGUCCCUGAGGGCUCGAUAUCUGAAGAAAGCCAAGAAGAACUGAGCGUGGAGUAGCGUGGUCAGAGGCUUCAGCCUGUGCGUAUUAGCUGCACAGCACCCACCAAGCCCCAGAAGCCGCUCUUACCGUUUCAGCAGUCGGGAACCUGGCUAAAUGUUGUCUUGAUUGGGAGGAAAACAGAAGUUGCUUUUUGAAGUUCCUGACACAUGUUCUGGAUCCCACCAGAACUAAUUUUGAAGUGUAAUAUCAAAUGGAUAUAGAACUGAUAUUACCAAGAACAAUUUAAUAGGAAGGAACAUGAUUACAGCAAAUCACAGAAUGACAGUCAAACAUAAAAGCCAUCCGUUUCAUCUGGCCCAAAGUAUCAGUGAUCAUUAUUAGAUUUUCUCUGGAAAUACACCAUAAAAUAUAAUCACUAGCAAUUCCUUUUUUCCUUUUUUAAAAAUUUUAUUCACUUUGAGGGAAUGGGGAUUAAUUAAUUAAUUUACUUAUUGGUGACAAUAAUGACUUUGAAGAAAUGGGGAAUUAAUUGGCUUAUUGGUGGCCAAACUGCAAUUUACAUAGAUCUCUAUAAGGUUUUGUAGACAAAUGUACCAGUUUAUAUGUUUAUAUGGAACUAUUCUUUCUAAAAAGUAGCUAAUAACAUAAAAUGAUUAUGAAAGGGGGAGUUAUUUAUGACACAUAAAGCUCACUAAAAUAAACUUUCUUGUAACAUGUUAUUUCCUCUCAGUUUACACAUGUAAAUACUGAAAGCUAUGUGAUAUGAUUGAAUUAUAAAGAUAAAUGGACCAAAAUGUGCAUCGAGGCAGACCACUCUCUGUGGUGCCACUGAGACCCUGACUCAGGAUCUGCACAGACCCCCAACCUUCUGUUUUGCUCUGCACCAAUAUCGCUCACAUGUAUGAAAACAGACUACUUAAAUAGUAAUGGUUAUUAUGGAAAUGGCAUUGUACUUUUAAAAUUGGUACCCUGUAGUACUGAUAUAAUUAGCUUUAAUAAAAGGUGAUAUAACCA